UGCAGAGACUCCUCUGGACAAAUGAGAAAUGAUGUGAGGGACCAGAUAGUGGGGGACCAUGGCCAAUGCAGAGUCCUCGUUGCCCACAAUCCUAGGCCUCAGCACAGAUCCUGGCACAAGUGAGGUGGAGCUGGACAGCCGGUUUGACGAGGAGUUCAAGUUCAUCCUGCUGCCCGUGAGCUAUGCGAUUGUCUUUGUGCUGGGUCUAGGCCUCAAUGCCCCGACCCUCUGGCUCUUCCUCUUUCGCCUCCGACCCUGGGAUGCAACAGCCACCUACAUGUUCCACCUGGCCUUGUCAGACACUUUGUAUGUGCUGUCACUGCCCACCCUCAUCUACUAUUAUGCGGCCCGCAACCACUGGCCCUUUGGCACUGGGCUCUGCAAAUUUAUCUGCUUUCUCUUCUGUUGGAACCUCUACUGCAGUGUCUUUUUCCUCACCUGCAUCAGUGUGCAUCGCUACCUGGGGAUCUGCCACCCACUGCGGGCACUACGCUGGGGCCACCCGCACCUUGCAAGCCUUCUUUGCCUGGCAGUUUGGUUGGUCGUAGCUGGCUGCCUUGUACCCAACCUGUUCUUUGUCACAACCAGCACCAAGGAGGACACCAUCCUGUGCCAUGACACCACUCAGCCUGAGGAAUUUGACCACUAUGUACACUUCAGCUCAGCAAUCAUGGGGCUGCUCUUUGGCGUGCCCUGCCUGGUUACUCUCGUCUGCUAUGGGCUCCUGGCCCGGCGCCUGUAUCGGCCCUUGCCAGGGGCUGCCCAGUCGUCUUCUCGUCUGCGUUCUCUCCGCACCAUCGCUGUGGUGCUGACUGUCUUUGCUGUCUGCUUCGUGCCUUUCCACAUCACCCGCACCAUUUAUUACAUGGCAAGGCUGUUGGAAGCUGACUGCCGGGUGCUGAACAUUGUCAACGUGGUUUACAAGGGGACUCGGCCCCUGGCCAGUGCCAACAGCUGCCUGGAUCCUGUGCUCUACCUGCUCACUGGGGCCAAGUAUCGACCUCAGCUCUGGCAGCUCUGCAGUAAUGGCGGGCCCCAGCCCCGCACGGCUGCCUCCUCCCUGGCGCUGGUGUCCCUGCCUGAGGAUAGCAGCUGCAGGUGGACAGCCACCCCCCAGGACAGUGGCUGCCCUAUCCCUAGGGCAGACAGAUUGUACCACUGGAAGCCAGGAAGUGAGAGAAAAGGGGGUGAGCGCAGGAUAAAGGUGGGGGAACCUAAUAGUGAUACGUGAUAUGGCUGCUUCCUCUUCUUUUCCAGGCCCUGGAGAGAGGCCCUCUCCCUGAGGGUUGGGGGAAGGCAGGGAAAUCACAUGUGACGCCAUCUCUCAUAAACCCUUCAGUUGGCCUCUCCUUUUUAGCCAAAGGCAGUUGCAGCCACUCUUCCUCCUCUACUUCUUUCUCUUUGUUUCUGUCCCCUUCCUGGGGCCAUUGGUCCUGUUUCUGGAUCCUAUAUGGCUUCCUGGAAAUCUUCCCCAGUCCUCCUUCCCCCUCCCUUUUCCUCCACAUCCUUGUAUAGCAUGUGUUCCUCCAGACCAGACCAUUCAACUGGAGGGGUGGAGAAACGGGUAAUCUCAGGAUUGGCCUGACUUAUCUGCUGGUGAUAGCCAGAAUCAGAAAGCGGGAGCACCAGCAUAUCACAGAUGCCAAGGAUGUGACAUAGUGACCACACCCACUUCCUAGUUGCCCCUUGAGGACAGGAUAGUCUUGCCUACCAGGUGCUAAAAUAGGGCACAAUCCCAGAGAGCCUGCAUGUCAGAGUCCCCACAUGCAGCUGGAGGCAUGGCACUGUUGAACUGGGGUACAGCCACGAGGCAGAGAGGGAGCCCUGAGUCAUACCAUGGGGUGGGGACCCUGAGGAGCCCCAGGGGGCGGGGCCCAAGCUGAUAACGGCCUUUGGAACAGGAAUGGGACUGGACCUCCUUUAUGAUAUUUGCUGAUAGCAUAUUUGACAGUUCUCUUGUACUUAGUGAAAGGAAGAGGGGAUGGCUCAAAGAGGGAGGAGCUCUUGUGUUUAUGGCUGUAAGUUCUGGCACCAAGGGGUAGAGCAGGUUUGUGCAGAGGUUGGGGUGAUGACAGGGAUCGAUGCCCAGAGCUGGCUCUUCACUGGUCUCUCUUCUUUCUCUAGCUCCUGCCCUAGAUACAUGAUAUAUCUGUCACCAGCUCUUUCAGAUCAAGCUGUAGGGCUCCGAGGUCAGGGCAGGGCACUGGAACUAGGACAGCUCCCCUCAGAGUCUCCUAUCCAGUCACUCACCACCAGCAUGGUCUUAGUGCUUAUGGGCUUAUGAGAAU